AUGCGUGUUUUAUUACAAAUUCCAAAAAAUCCUCCUCCACAAUUAUCUGUAAAAGAAUAUUCGAAUGCAUUUCGAGAAUUUGUUAAAUUUUCAAUUCAUUAUAAUAUUUCAUUUUCAAAUAAUAAUAAUAAUGUUCGAUGUAAUGACGAAAAAGGCGUAGAUUCAUUUGAAGAUUUACGAUGUUUAUUACAAAAUGAAAAUAAACGUUAUCCAAAUCUAAGUAAUGAUUUUACGAGAAUUAUGUAUGAACAUAUAUCGAAAAUAAAUAAUAUUUGUCAAACAUCAACAAGUCAAAAUAAUUCAAUAACAGACAAUAAUCAUAUUCAAAUAACAUCAGGUGUUGUUAAAAUGACUAUUUAA